AUGGCUCCGCUUUUGGCAAAGGAUGUCUGGACCGCGGAGGUCUGGGAUGUGCUCCGGCCGGAGUACGAUGAUUUGAAGGCGGACGGGGCACUGCCUGCAUCCACCGGGUCCAUCUUUCGCUCUGACACUUCCUACUCCAAUAGGCAGCCUUUAAUCUUUGACAGUGUCCUGGACCGGCUCCAAAAAUCCGACGAAGCCCGCGGCUACCACAUGAACUUGACCUGGCUAGACUUCAAGGUUCCAGACGAUUUGACAAUAGCCCAAGUGGACAAGUUCCUUGACCUUGUCAAUGUUAAAGAAUUCUCUCAUACUUUUUGCAGUUGGACUUGCUGGCAUUUGUGCUUCCUUGCUAAGGUUUGCGGAGGAGGUCUUCGGCAAGGUUCCGGAGACAUGGCCGUUGCAUCUGAAUGUGCCGGUGGCAUGCUUCUCCAAGACGGACAUGGCCCCGAAGCAUACCUGGCAACCCUUCGCUUUGCACUUGUGUCUGGCAGCCUUCUGGAGAAGCUUCGCCAAGGCGAAGCUGCACACACCACAGUUGGUGCCGAAGUUCAUUCGGCUUGCCCGUUCCGCGACUUCAAGUACUUCAGCGACAACAGUGCAACCGCACUGCUGUGUGCCGAGGCUUCUGUGGGAGAGACUUUCGAAAUGCUGGCCGAAUACUUCGGCAACAACACCCUCAAGCUUCUCAAGCUCGUCCGUCAGGUGCAACGGACGUUGCCUAAGACACAGAAGGAGGCAAGCGACAUCUGUGCCUUUCUCCAAAAAAACGUGCAUUGGCAUUUGAGUCGCAGAUCGCCGCAACCGGAGACAAUCAACAACUUGCUCACGAUCUCCAACUUGACCGACAAAGCCCCGCAAGCCAGGUGGAUCAUGGAGGAGGCCUUGUACACUGGCUGA